AGGCUCCGGACGCACAUAGAGCUGGCUGCUGCUGCAGGGCGGAUGGGAGGGCGCAUCCUGCUUUUAACAAAAAAUACAACCUGCUUUCAACUAAUGAAAAGCGCCUGGACUCACGCGGGUUAUCAUAUGGAUUACUGCACACAAGCCCAGUGUACAUCAAUGUGAUCGCUGAGUCAACGUGGAUUUCGUGUGGAGAAAGGGAACCGCCCAUAAGACAUCCAGGGGGAAAAAAUGCAUUCGCUUCCACUGAUGAAUGCAGCUCAUCAGCAUCUUCGGCCACCCCUACAAGCCUCACAAGCUGUUCCUCAUCGUGCCACAGAUGAAAAGGGAAAUCACCAUGCUUGGACUGGAAAUAACCCUUUUUACAGGACAUUGAACUCAGGAGUCCUACCAUCACAGAGUGCUGAUUUUUCCGUGGAUAAUGCUGCUUACUCUAACAGACGGAUGGCAAAUGGACAGACCUCUGCCAAUCCUCAUCAAGCAAUUAAUUCUCAACAAACAAAAGGGAAUCAAAACGAUAAUUAUUUGCUAAAAAUGUUACUUGGUGAAGUACAACAACAACAACAGCGUUUUCAGAGUACACAGAACCAGGGCCUGCCCAACACAUGUGCCACUUCUGCCAUGCAGGACCUGUCAUUGUUUUGGAAGCCAACAGUUAAAGUAAAUGAGAGACAAUCACUUCAGGAUGACACAAAUGUGUCUCAUUUGCAAAAUAUUAAGGCUUAUAAGGCCUUGUGUCAGAAUUCAGCGACAGUUCAUUAUGUACCUGUUGUUAACACUAGCACAUCAGUGUCCACAGCUGCACACACCAGCCAGACAGUUCAGGUAGUUCAGAAUCAGAUUCCCAGGCAAAAUGGCGCACAAUAUGGGCUUCCAACUUUCUACCCACGACACACAGCUCGGCAGUACGCGCCAUAUAGGAAGUGCACAAAUGCUGGCAACUCCAGUAACACGAAUACAAUGAACCAAUGUGAAAAAGGCCCUUUUCUGCCAAAUGCAAAUAUGGGUUCUCUAAAUUCUUCUGUUGUCGCACCACAGCGAGUGCAACGACACAAACGAGUAGUUAAGACAUCAACUGCUGGCUCUGGUAGUCAUUGUCCACCUUAUAAUGGGCACCACUUGGUGAUCUCGAAGAACUAUAACACAACGGCUCACCAGCCCUCACCACUUUUGGUGAAGUCUGUACAAAAAACUGUUCCGUUAAGAGAACAGCAUUCUGUUAAUGUGCCACUGCAGCAAAACUAUAUUUCUUACAAUAAUGUGACACCUGAAAGGAGUCCAGUUGGAUCAGUAAGCAAUUCCUUCCAACCAACGCAAGUAUGUGAUGUUUCAUCAUCGAGAAACAAGACCCAAUCCUUUUCAGCAAACAAUUUGGAGACCUCUAAAAAACCUGAGUUGCUUUUAUCGGGUCAACAAAAUGACAGCUCAGCUCACUUGAUGCCUGGAUACAAAAACACAAAGGCUGUUGCUGUUGUGCAACCACUGUCACAGGAGAGCUGCCAUACUCCCUCAAACACUGCAAACUGUAAAUCUCCAAUUAAGAUGUACAAAGACUGUAUUUCUCCUGAUGUUGCAAAAAACACAGAGGCUGCUUGCUUAAGAGAGGAUCCCCGUCUUCACCCAGAAAAUCCACAGCUACUUGCAUCCAAAGUGUUGUCUAAGGAUGGUACAGCUUCACAUUCAGAACCUCAAAACUCAUAUCAGAAUUCCGACCCUCGUAUUAUUGCAACAGAUGCCCCAAACCCCACAGGAUUUCCUGGUCAAAGCUGUCCUGCUGAGCAAAUGACAGUGACAACACCAACACGUGCUCUUGAGCUGUCUUCUCUUCCAACAACCCCUUGGACGACCACAGCUCUGACCAACUUGAUACUGGAAGCUGAAAAAGUUCAAAGGGUGCCAGAAGACGCUCCUAAGCAAAAAACUACUGUUAAAAUAAUAUCCAUGUUUUGGGAUAGAAACCCGUAUGCAUGGCUUCAUAGCUACAAAGAAGGCUGGCAUAAAGAUUUAGUCAUGAAGGCUAAAGAUUUCCUCGACACACACCUCACCCAAGACACUGUUAUACUGUCACAAGUUAAGCAGGGAUUUGAGGAGCAGCUCAAACACUACCAUGUCCUUGAAGAUGAUGCUUAUUCAGAACAGCCCUUCAAAUCAUCCUGGCUGAAUGUCAAUGAUCAGCUAGAUGACAUAGAUAAAGAAUGUGGCUUUCCUUUGGUUUUGAAGCAACAUGCAUAUGUGCUUGACAGUGACAAGCAGAGAGAUGGGGUGAAACUGGCCAGCAGCAGUCCUGUUCAAGUUGCAAAUGAUGUGGAGAACAAAAUCUUGUCACAAAGGGAUGCUGAAUCAGUUGCUGUGAUUGAAGGAAAUCAAGGCACUACUGUUAAGACCCCCUCAACUUCACCUGGCAAUUCCGGUGAAUUUAAAACAGACAAUUCCACUGACUCGUGUUACUCAUUUAAAAUUGAGGUUUUAACUCCAGAAGAAGCCAAGGUUGUCUAUGAGGAAGUACAUGCAAGUUCACAUCAAAGCACUGACUGUCAGGAAAAGACGCCUGUGCAAAGUGAGACACCCAAAGAUAUGGAUAUCACAGUGGAAGAAUUAAAAACCAGGAAGGGAGCAGUCAAUCCAAUUGACCAAGUCUGCUGCCUUGCAAAGUUUAUGGAAAUGAAUUCAGGACUUCACACACCCUCUUCUAAAUGCCUCUGUAGAGAGGAACAAAGUGGCACUGAAUUUACUGACAAGACCUCUAGUUCUGACACCAAGAGUCCACUGGGAAGCAAGGAGGAUGGGGAUUGCCAAAUUCUAACAUUAGGUGUCUCAGAGCUUUGUAAAGAACUCUUUGAAAUUAUUGACUUAACUGACAGUGAUGAUGAUCUUUGCGCGAUUCUUAAUGAAGAGCUGAAGGUUAUUUCCCAGAUGAGCGGCGACCGGCAGCCAGUUAUUGAGAACAUUAAUGUGAACGAGGAUGCUGACAGGGUGCUUGUCAUUCCUGAUGAGAUGCCUGGGACUGAGGAUGAGAGUGUAGAAUUUUUGAAUUCAACAAAUACCAUGCAGUCGACUGUUUCAGUUAGUAUUGCCGAGCAAACAAAAGUUGACGAUUUCUAUGAGACUGAAACUAAAGUUGACUUGCAGGUGUCAGAGCAGAAGGACAGUGGACCAGCUUUGCUAGAAUCUGCAGAUGCGGGAGAUUUGCCUGUAGCAACCAAAGAACAAGCUAAAGUUAUUGACGAGACUGCCCCCACCACCCCUGUUGCAGAUAAAAUUCAUCAGAAGAAAAGGCGUCCAAGCGAGCUUCAUACUUUUUUCUCAUCCACGAAGGAAUCAAAAAAAUGCAAACUUCCUUUUGAUUUGGGUUCAAAGCAUGCCCCUGAAGCUCAGCCUUCGGUCUCUGCAGUAAAAACAUUUGAGCUGGUGUUGUUUGGCUCAGCGCAAGGAAAAAAAAGUACUUUGGAAGAUAACGGAAAGUGCCAUUUUUCACCUCCGGUAAAAAUCAGGCCUCCAAAAGUUCUGUCUGUUAAUCUCAACCCUUCGAAGAACUCCACUGAAGCACCUGAUGGUGGGAAGUCCACGGUCAAACAGAGACUUUAUGAAAAAUGGAGGAAAAGUAUUCCAAUUAUGAGUGUGCACAGGAAAAAACUGAAAAGAUCUCUUUCCGCCUCUCUCUUGGAGAUGAGCCCUAAAACGGAAAAGCGACCAAUUUUGUCUGAAACCAGAGUCUCCGAUUGCAACAGCAAACAUAAGCGUAGUCUUAAGAGGGGGAGUUCACUGUCCAAGAGAUUUGAUGAGGUGAAGAGGAGGAGGUACAGCGUCGCUCUUGAGAAGCCUGCUCAUGAGAAAAGUAAACAUCGCAGAGAUGAUGCCGCAACAUUCCAGGAAAACAUCAUUUUAAAAUUCAGUGUGUUACCAAACACCUUCAGCUUCAAAGAUGGGAGGAAAGAAGCCACCGAUUCAAUUUCAGAUAAGCCAGAAGGAAAACGUGUGGAAGGAAAAAAACAGCACGUGGACAAAGUUGGGCCAGAGUCUAAAGGACUUUGGAUUCCACCUGAAAAGCAGUACAAGCCCCUACGGAUUCAAAAGACAUUCUCUCUGUUCCACGAGUACCAGAAGAAAUAUAAGGAGAAGACUCAAUCAUCAAACGAAUAACCCAAGGGAUGGCUUUUAAAUGGUCUUCAUCUCUAGCACUAGUAUGUGCUCAUCUGAGAUUAAUAAAGCCGUAUCUGCAUACUGUAUCGGCAGGAUGUCAAUUUAAGCUUUGGUGUUUUUGUAUAUGGUUGUUUAUAUUACUGUAACUAUUUUACCUACUUUAUAGCCAGUUCCUGAGUUCUCACAAACUUUCUAGUGCAUUAUAUACGUUGCUGAAGGAGAUGUUUAAAUACAAUGUUAUGUCACUUUUUUCUUUUUAUAUUUUUUAUACGAAGAACUUUUUUUAAACGUUUUUUUUUUUUAAUUCUUUCAUAGUUUAAACUUGCAUCCUUGUGUAAUAAGAGAUACAGUCCUCAGUUUACAAGUUAUACUUUUUUUGCAUUGGGAAACUGCUGGAAAACAUUCUUUUCUACCAGACCUCAAAUUUGUGAGACUACAGAAAAAUGUACUGACCUCUAA